CAAGCUACACAUUGACUAGUCUACAUUAUAUCAAAUAUUCAUUUCUUCAGUAUUGAUUUCGAAUGCUGUGGAAACACGUCUCCAAAACACUUAUUCACUUGUUCUAUAGAUUUAUAUUUAUAUUUAAUUUUAUAUGAUUACAUCUCACUGAAUUGCAGAAAGUUUCUGAGAUAUCUACUGUUGAGUAUCAUUCAUUAUAUUAUUUGAUUCCACAGAAAAAUUGAUAAGGCUGCUCCAGGGACGCGCUGCAAUCCUGUUGGCAGGCGCGCGAUAGUACUGAAAAUGAUUUCCAUUUCGUUGUUAAAAUGCAUAAGACAGUGCAAAAAAGUUUGACUACAUGCCUCUCGAUAGGAAUUACAGUAUAUUGUGGUUUAGAUACCUAAGCAUUUUUAUGGUAAUAACGCCAAAUGAUAGCAAACGUGGAUUUUUUUCGGCGCGGCGCGUAGUGGACCAAGUAAGCAAAGAAAUGCAAUACAUAACAACAAACAAACAAAUACAUUAAUAAAUACAUGCAUUUAUGCAUAAAUUAAAAUGACCACAGUUUGAUCUGAUGUAUAUGCAUAUAUGGUAGAUUACUGUUACAUUUCUGGACAGAAACUCGUUAAGGCACUGAUGCAGAAGCUUCCUGCCCCGUGCGUAAAUGACGCGCUGUAGACACGUAACUCUUUCUCGGUUCGGAGACACGUGCACGGGGAAAUUCUUGAAAUAAUCCAAACACUUUUUGCAUCAUUUACAGUACAUACAGUACAGUGCAGUAUCGCUCGUUGUCAAGUUAUGCUUUGUUUUAGCGCACUACCCUUAGCGCACCUAAUGCUCCACGCAUGCAGGAUUACUCCUGCUGGUUCCGAUGGAAUGAGGACGUAAAAGUCCAGUCACAACUUCGGAUCCGAUGUAUCCUUAAAAUAAUUUUGGGUCAAAGGCAACGGUGAAUGCCGAGAGUAAGACGUGGUGCUGACGUCAGGAGGCGCGAUGCGCUGUUGGGUUCGCGCAUUUCUCAGUCCCCGUGUCUCUGUGGCGCACCUGCCGAAAUCACCUCCGCGUCCCGGCGCCUUCACGCACAGGCGCGAUGAAUUUCAGCAGGUCUCGCUCUUUGGUAGGAUCUCCCCGGAACAGCAAUUCGGGCUCCACCGAUGAGCUGGUAAUCACCUCCACUUUUGGCACGCUGCUCUCGCUGGUGUACGUGGUCGGCGUUUCGGGAAACGUGUACACUCUGGUCGUGAUGUGCCACUCGAUUCGUUUCGCGACCUCCAUGUACAUCUCGAUCAUCAACUUGGCGCUCGCGGACUUGCUGUACCUCUCCACGAUCCCGUUCGUAGUGUGCACGUACUUCCUCAAGGACUGGUACUUCGGGGACGUGGGCUGUCGCAUCCUGCUUAGCCUGGAUCUCCUCACCAUGCACGCAAGCAUCUUCACCUUAACCGUGAUGUGCAUGGAGCGCUACCUGGCCGUGACGAAGCCUCUGGACAACGUGAAGCGCUCCAAAAGCUACCGAAAAGCCAUGGCAUGGGGGGUGUGGAUACUGUCUUUGCUCCUAACCAUGCCAAUGAUCAUCAUGGUGAACCAGACGAGCAGAAAGGCCCCGGACGGAAGCGUGAAACGCAUGUGCGCUCCUACAUGGGCACCCCAGGCGUAUAAGAUUUACUUGACUGUUCUGUUUUGCACCAGUAUCAUGGCGCCUGGUCUCAUCAUUGGCUACCUGUACACCAGAUUAGCCAGGACAUACCUUGAAUCACAGAAAAGCUCGGCUUUAAAUAAGGGCAACAAGCGAUCUCCUAAACAAAAAGUACUUAUAAUGAUCUUUACCAUCGUGCUCGUGUUCUGGGCCUGCUUCUUGCCCUUUUGGAUAUGGCAGCUUUUACCCCUUUACCACGAACCCCUGGCUUUGGCGCCUCACAUACGCACGUGUAUUAACUACCUGGUGGCAUGUCUGACCUACAGCAACAGCUGCAUCAACCCGUUCCUGUACACGCUGCUCACUAAGAACUACAGGGAGUACCUGAAAAACCGCCACAAGAGUUUCUACCGCUACACGUCGUCGUUCAAGAAGCGGCCGCCGAGUUUGUACUCGUGGGGAAAGUCCGCAUCGUCGAGCAAUCAGUUCGAGUUCAACUCGGAGACGCUGGUUAUGGCACAGCUGAAGGUUCAGUGAAGGGGCGAGGAAGAGGAAGAUCACAAGGAGACGUGAGACAAAUAUGGCUGUGACCAGGGCUCCAGCCAUUAUCGCAGAAGGACCCUAUGGAAAGCUGGGAUCAGCGAUAGCAUAAUCAGGAUCACACGUGAAGGACACAGUGAUGGCAUAACGUGUGCCCCAAGCCACCUUCUCUACGCGGUGAAGAUUCUC